GUGAUUCGGCGGCCGCCGCCAUCUUGAGAAGGUGCUGGUUUGGGGGCGUGGGCGGGAGCGUGGAAACUUCGACCUCUGUAGCCUUCUUUUCGCCCUACUCCUUGCGCUUCCUGCCCUUUGGACCUCAGCCCUGUAGCUCAUUUCUUUUCCCGACAUCCAACUUUUGCCGGCAUUUAGACUGGGCUCGACUUGACCUUUGCCCUUUAACCUCCCCGUUGUUCCAGAGGCUGUCCCCAGCUCUCAUGAGCCCCAGACUUGGGCUUGUUUGCUCAAAAUAGCCUUCCCCCGGACCUACUCUAGGCCCCUACCCCUACGACGCCCACCUUUCCUGGGCUCCCACUCUCUUUGUUGCCCCGAUCCCUGACCCCCACCGUUUUCACCCCUGACAUUCCCUUCCCGGGGCUCUUGGAGACCCUGACCCUCUAUUCUGCCUCUUCUGGUGCCCCCCGUCGGCCUGAGCCCCCAGACCCUCCUCCUGCUCCGGCCCGGACCACCCCACACCCACCCUCGGAGGUUCUGGGCCCCCAGAUGGCUGCCGUAGGCUGCCCCCCGCCCCCUCCUGUGCCCCCGCCCCCAGCCUCCACUGCAGCCCCCCCACAUGUCUUCGGCCUCGAGAAGAGCCAGCUCCUGAAGGAAGCCCUGGCGAGGUCGGACCCGGGGCUGGGGGCUCGGGAGGACGUCAGACGGCUCCUGAGGCUCCGCAGAGACCGUUUCAGGAGUGAUUUGAAGUGGAUUCUCUUCUGUUCGGACGUGCCGUCCCUCAUCCAAGAAGGGCCUCAGUGUGGGCUGGUGGCGCUGUGGAUGGCGGGCUCUGUGUUGGCUCUCCCCCAGAACAUCCCCUUGGAGAGGAUUGUGGCCGUGGCUCUGGAGAGAGGGUACACGGCUCAAGGAGAGAUGUUUUCAGCAGCCAACAUGGCCAGGCUGGCCCAGGAGGUCUUUGGAUGCCAGGUGGAACUGCUCUCUGGGGGCCUGGAUGAGCCCAAUCGAUGCCGCGUUCUCCAGCACCUCAUCUCAGGCUGCCCACUGCUGGUCCCCUAUGAUGAAGACUAUAACCACGAGCCCUGUAAGAAGAGGGGGCACAAGGCCCACUGGGCAGUCAGUGCAGGCCUUCUGCUUGGGGUUCCUGGUCCAACACUGAGUCCAGAUUAUGAGGAGGACUCAGAGCUGAAGGGCCUAUUCUAUCCAGCACCUGACAAGCCCCCCUGCCUCCCGGAAGACCCUCCUGAGGCCAUCUACCUCCUCUCUAAGCAGGGCAAGAGCUGGCAUUACCAGCUCUGGGAUUACGAGCAGCUUUGUGAGAGUAACCUACAGCUGACUGAGCUGGCCCCCAUCAGGACCACAGACGGCAAGGUCUACGUGGUGCCUCCUGGCGGGCUGCACGCAGGGCUCUGUGGUCAGAGCCUGCUGCUCCGACCCUAGGACUCAGGCCUUCCCUGGAAGCCAGGCCUGCUGCGUGUGCACCAGUGUUAUGCUGGGGUCCUCAGUUUCCCCAUCCAUCCUUUGUCCUGCCUGGCCCACGGAGAUACUGAGAAGCCCGAAUGAGCUACGAUGGUGGUAGAGUGAGGAACAUCGGACCUGGAGACCAGAGGCUGAGUCCUAGUCCUGGCCCUCUGGGCUAUUAUUUUUCCCUGGGACUCAGUUCCCCCUUUAUGCAGUGGGGUGUGGUGAUGGGAUAUAAGGUCUCAUAAAAGGCCAUGCUGAUGUGAGAAGAGCAUCCUGGUAUCAUCAUUCUUCUGCCAACUCUCGCAUCCUUGAGACUCCCCCUCUGAAGAUAACUCACCAGAGCCCAAAACUUGUGGAAAAUAAUCUCACCAGGCUUUAUUUAAGGGAGUGGAGAGGCCCCUGCCUCAUCCCAUCCCUUCCAGCAUCAGCCCACUCUAUAAAUAAGUAGAAAGCGCAUAUCCCCCCCCUUCUCUCUCCAUCCCCCACCCCCCAGGCCAGGAAAGGAAGCUUCAUUAAGGCUAGAACUCUUGGGAGGCAGCUGGUAUGUAGUGAAAAGACAGCAGUGGGGAGUGGUGGGGGUCUGGCCUUGAACCCCCAGCUCUGCCACUUCCCAUAGCUCUGGGUUGAGAAUGAGAUGUGGACUAAAUCAUUCCCUAAAGCCUCUUCAAGUUCCUGGGUUAAUCCAGGCCCCUCCCCAACUCCUCCUUGGGGAGAAGGAAGACAAGGGACCAGGGUCUUCUCCCCUGUGCCUCCCUCACCCUCAAGGUGCAUGGAUGGAGUAGUCUUUGGUUCUUGUGCUCAGAGAGGGCAAGAGUUGGCACUGUAUGCUGCCAGCAUGUACACUGUACACAUGCCAUGUGCUCCCCACUCCAUGCCCUGGGAACUUAUAGGCAGUGGUAGUCACACCUUUUACUAUUGGGGGGAGGGCAGAGAACCUUCCCAGAGGAGGCUCUCUUGGCUAUCCCCCCUCUGUCAGCUUCUGCCCUCCAGUUUGAAGCUGGGAAGGGCAGACCUCUGGGAGGAAGAGCAGGAUACAACCCUGGCAGAAGCAGAACCCUGAAGGGCUGGCCCCCAGAACCAGGAAGGUUAGGUCACACCACCGGGGGUUGAGAGGGUGAGGAAGACAGUCGAAAUCACAGUGUUAACAUUAGCCCUGACACUCCCCCCACAAAGCUGGUGCUGGUAGUGGGGUGAAAGCACCUUCUCUGCCCAUGAGUCACCCCACGGCACAGUAAGCAACCUGUCUUAGGGCUCUAGCGUCUCGUACACAGAUACAGGCUCUCAGGGGGGAUACUUAGCAGACCUGAACUCACCCAUCAUGCCUUGGCACUGAGUCUCAGCUCCCCUGCCCAGUGUGGGUCCCCCUGCUUGGAGCUGGGGUCACUAGGGAUGGGCACAUCCUGUUUCAGAUGCCACCCCUAGCAGUCUUCAUUUUAGUUCUGCCCCCUUCCUGUCUCAACAGCUUAAAUACCUUAAAAUAAAUAAAUCCCAAGGUGGGAGCUAGGGGCUAUUCCUUUCCAGUCCCCAAUUCAGUCCUGCCCCAGAAUCCCUGGCUCAACUCCAAGCCAAGCUGUCCAGAAGUUGGAUGACGUUGUCCAGACCCCACAGGUAGCCAUCCUCAUGGUUGCCCUCUUCCCAAGGCAGCCGGUGGCUGAGGGUCUGAGAUGCAGGCAGAGGAACGGUCUUGCCAAAGUCGAUCAUCCAGACCUUAGCCAGGCCAGUCUGGUCAUGGACAAAGAGAAGUGAGCUGCCCACCACCUAGGGGAGAAACAUGACAGGAAGGGCAGGAGAGAGAGGAGGCCAAGCAGGCAGGCCAGCACCUCCUCCCAUCCCAAAGACCCAGCCAUCAGAGAGAUGAACAAGUAGGGGAAACUGAGGCACAGGUAACCAGCCCUCUUUCCUAGGAGCUGUUGCACUCCAGUCUCUAGAAGAAAGCCCUGCAGAAGGGCCUCAUGGUGCUGAGGACAGGGCACAGGAACAGCAUGCACACGGCAGCCUAGAAGACCAGCCCCUCCCCCCCACCGCAGCUCAGGUCCAGGAUGCAGUUCCCAAGAGGGUCCAAUGCUUACCUCAUGAGUCCGGAAAAAGGCGGAGUUUUCCAGAGUUCCUCGAAGCUCUUCCAGGCGCUUCACAUACUUCCUCUGUGGAAAUGGGGAAGCUGUCAACUUCUCAGGACUAGAGGCAUGUCUUCAUUCCUCCCUGUCCUACUCCCCCAAACUCAGGAUGUCUGCCUCUAAAGAUGGCCUCCCAAAGGAGAACCCCAGGAUUCUGAGCUCAUCCAGUCAGGACCAGAGCUCUAGAAGCCACUGAGUUCAACCUACUUAGCAGACAGGGAAACGGAGGCCCAUAAAUGUGCUAGGACCCGCCUCAAUGAGAUGGUGGGUUUGAACCAGGAUUUGAACCCAGGUCCUCUGGCUCCUGAGGGAUCAAAGGGUUUGAAAUGAGUGGGAAGGAGGCUAUUUCACUCACCAGGAGGUUCCGGUCACCAUCCACAAAGUCCUCCAGGACUCUGGUGACCUGCUCUGUUCCUUGGGUCUUCUUGAAGUUAGUGUUGCAGGUGCCAUCCGCCUUCUGAGGGAGCAUGGAGGUGUGGCGGGGUCAAGGACGGUACCUCCCCUGCACCAGGGUCACCCCUUACACCCCAAGCAGACCCUCCCACCUGGGGCCAGGAGCACUGGCCUCACGUGGGAAGGUCUGAACUUGGGGGACGAUUUUUGUUUCACUACUUGGAUAAAUGAAUUUCAAUAUG